GUUGUCAAGUUUGAUCGUGUUCCUCAUUGUGAAAAAGUUGUAAGUUAGCAAGAAUUUCGAUUCGCUAACUAUUAGAUAAAUUGUGAAUUUUGAAUUUAUAGAAAUAACUUAACAACAUUAGAAUGCCACGCAAAGUAAAGGCUUGUACUUCUGAUACGAAGUGGACCACAAACAAGGAAAUUGAGUUUAUUUUUGCUAUGGGAAACUUAAAACCAGUCGGAAUUAACAAACACCUUUACAUGGAUGUCAUAACAAAGAGACUAUCUAAAGCACUCUCCAAAAAUGUAAGCAGCGAAAAUAAUUGGUCAUAUUUGCGAACUUUAUACAACCUUGAAGAGUUAGAAAAAGAGGAAAAACUUCCAUUUAGUAAUGAACAGAUGGAAUUCAAAUUAGAUGAUGAUGAGUAUAAAUACUAUAAAAUAUUAAGUUUAAAAAAAGUAUCGUUGAAAAAACCAUCGUCUGCUGAACUUUCCUCUGAUAAUAACAUCAGUCUAGAUGGAGGGCUCACUGAAAUAGUCGAUAGUAUGGGCAAACUAUAACUUUGUUCAUAAUAAAUAUGUUCUGCACAGCGGCUUGUUUCAAAAAGAAAUUAA